AAUCUUGAUAAGAAAUGCUUCGGUGUCGCGGGCACCCACCCGCCGGGUAAGACGCGCUAUAUAAGGCCGCCAGCCUCGAGCCGCCGCGCCGUCGGAGAGGGAGCGCUGCGCGCCCAGAGCGCACGGCUGGCUCGAGCGCCGCGGCCACCUUAUCUCGGCACGCUCGGCCUCGCAGCCCGUCCCAGCUGCCGCCCAGCCUCCCGCACCCCCGCCGGCCGAACUACGCGUCCUGAGCCCGAGGGAAGUGCCAUGCGGAGCGCACCGAGCCAGUGCGCCGUGGCCUGCGCCCUAGUCCUGGCCGGCCUCUGGCUGGCCGCGGCCGGGCGCCCCCUAGCCUUGUCCGACGCUGGGCCGCACGUGCACUACGGCUGGGGCGAGCCGAUUCGCCUGCGGCACCUGUACACCGCUGGCCCCCACGGCCUCUCCAGCUGCUUCCUGCGCAUCCGCGCCGAUGGCGCCGUGGACUGCGCGCGGGGCCAGAGCGCGCACAGUUUGGUGGAGAUCAGAGCAGUCGCUCUGCGCACCGUGGCCAUCAAGGGCGUGCACAGCGUCCGGUACCUCUGCAUGGGCGCCGACGGCAGGAUGCAAGGGCUGCCCCAGUACUCGGCCGAGGACUGCGCGUUCGAGGAGGAGAUGCGGCCCGACGGCUACACCGUGUACCACUCCCGGAAGCACCACCUCCCGGUCUCCCUGAGCAGCGCCAAGCAGAGGCAGCUGCUGAAGGGCAAGGGGCUCCUGCCGCUGUCCCACUUCCUGCCCAUGCUGCCCAGGGGCCCAGCGGAGCCCAGGGACCUCCAGGACCACGUGGAGCCCGAUGUGUUUUCUUCGCCCCUGGAGACAGACAGCAUGGACCCUUUCGGGAUCGCCACCAAAGUGGGACUGGUGAAGAGCCCCAGCUUUCAGAAAUAGCUGAGGCUCCGGCCUCCCCUGCUCCCGGGGGCCAUGACCCCAGGCCUGUGGGGUUUGCAGAGUAUGCUCUGGCCAUGCAUCUACCAGGACGAUCCUGGGUCCGUCCGUGUUCUAUUUAGUUUUAGGAAGACACAUUUAGAACUUGUGCACCAUAUAGAGUUUUACCUUGGCUGUGCCAGCUUUUAGCAGGUAGAUUUGUAUGAUCACAAAAUAGUUAAUCCUCUGCUCACCCACUCACCCACCCUAGUCCCCGACCCCGCAACCUUUGCUGUUCAUUGCUGGACAAGUCACUGCGCUGCCCCUGUUCUGCUUGAAUACCUCCAGUGAUGGGGAACUCACUACCUUUGGGAAAGUUCUUACGCCAAGCCGAAAUUCUCUGCAGUUCUCUCCUGUCGUUUUCAGCAGGGGCAGCCGGAAGGAAAGCAGUCGUUUUAAACUCACGUACCAGCCAUCAGCUCUGUGAAACCUCAGAUAAAUUUGACUUGACCGCAAGUGGGAAUUGGUCCUGAUUUCAACUCCACGGAGGAUGGUUGGCCCCCUCCAGCCCCCUCCAGGACAGAGCUGACUGGACACAGGCACGGCCCACCAGGCUUAAGGAGCAGAGGGAGCCCUGAGCCCUGCCCUCCAGCCCGGUGAACCUUGAGAACUCUGUUACAGCUGGUUCUGGAAUGGACUGCUUGGCAUAUAAGGCAAUGCACCUACAUCCACCCACCCCCUUCUGGCAGCCGGUGCCCAGGCUCAGGCUGGCUGCCCGACGGUGACUGGCCAUGCUGCCACCCGCUCAGAGGAACACGACGUGAAGGCAGCCAGCCCCUCCUAGCCACGGUGACUCAGUUUCCAGGGCAUCGGAUCUGCCCCGGUCACGUGGAUCUCACGUGAGGCCGUUGCGAUGGAAGCCCACCGGCCUGCACCCCAUCCUGGGUCUGCCUCUCACGCUGUGGCUCGGCUUCCCCUCUCUGAAGCGCUGUGGGUUUUGAUCUGAAAAAGCAGACGCUCUCUUCCGGAAGCGGCCUCCCGUUUCCCCAGCCCUUUGCCCCUGGCACCAAGUCAUUCUGUGCAUGGGGACCUGGCCGCCUCCCCGCUUAGGGAAACCCACACGUUACAGUCAAAGGCCGGGGGAAGGAAGCUUUGAGAGCCCCGAAUCUUGCCAGUGACUCGUGGGCGGAGCCCAGGAGACGAGGCCUCCCCCAGCGCUUCCAUUCCAACGUGCUAUUUAUGCGUAAUUUAUUUUGUUUGAUAUGUACAUCGCUUUAUUUUCUUACUUUAUUUAUACCCCUGAAUUGUAUUUAUGUACGUACAUGAGUUUUGUUUUCUACA